ACGAAUUGAGUAGCAUUAAUCUUAUUGAAGUUUAUCGUAAACAAAAAAAAACACUGAUUAUUCUUGCGGAUUUCACCUCAUUUGUGACUUUUAUUUUGGCGCGCUUUUCAAUCGUUUCCCUUAAUCCGAAUUUACUUCUCGAUAGUGGUCCUUUGAUUCGAUAUGAAUAUUCAGAGUAUUAUAAAAUCAAAAAUAUAGUACUUCUUUUCAUCCAAGUCUUACGACAACAAAAUAUAGAAUUUGAAUUUGUGUGUGGGGAAUCGGGUCCAAUCGUAGAAGAAGUCCAUGAGAAUUUUUUUGCAACUCACUGUGAGAAAACCUAUCGAUGGCUAUCUUUUAUUGAAAAGGAAUUAACAUCAACGGUUACCUCGAAUGUGUGUCGUGCGUUUUCCGUAUGUUCUGAAGGCGUUCCAACUCUUCCCCUUAUGGAAAGCGAAAUUCUAACAACCUUACGACAUGUUGGCUGCAAAGUAUGGAUGUCUAACGACAAUUUAGUUUUGACUAUUCGUGCUAUAGUCGCGCAACGACAGCAGGGAAAUGUGGACAAUUCACCAAAGCAAUGUCUUUUAAGAAAUUUACCUUCUAUUUUUGCUGUUUUUUCUGAUAAUGUCGAAUUUGGUUUGAUUGAAAAUGGCUUUCAAUGGAUGCCUCCAAAACUUUUUGAUGUUUCCAAUCGCCUUCUUUGGUUGUUUCAACGUGUCAUUAUGGAUGUUCCGGAUUUUUUCACAAAACAAAUGCUGCCUUUUCCACAUGAAACUAUUCAAUAUUUAACUUCUUUAGAGGCUCAUAUCGUAACGCCUAAGCAUCUUGAAACAUUAUGUCAUUUGAGUCGUACUCAAUUGACUGCAUUAUUUGUUACUUAUAAAAAUCAAUUACCAUAUCUUUUAAGCCAUGUUUUGUUGACAAAAUUCUGUAAAAAUUCUCAAUAUCUUUGCAUUGCUGACUUUGAAAUUGUUCUCAAAUUUCUUCCUUCACUUGUUCAAACAAAUGAACAUACCAUUCACAGUAGAACUAACGAUAAUCUACCGUUACGGGAAGUUUGUCGUGAAAAUUGUUGGAUAAGUCCGAAAUUUCAAGAUAGGAAGAUUAUUUCCGAAUCAAUAAAUCCAUUUUUAGAGAAUUACUUUUCUUCAGUUUACCUCCAAUGGCGUUUAGGAAGAAACAUUUUUUAUUUAUUAAGUCGGCCAUUUGAUGGAAAAAAAAAAAUUUCAAAAGAUACUUUCACGCUACCUUUCAAUAAAAAUUUAACUUGCGAAAUGAUUUGCGCUCUUAUGCAUUGCUUUUGUAUUCCUGUUUGGCUUUAUCGUGCAAGUCAAUCGUAUAUUUUUUAUCGAGUACCUUUUUUGGAAUAUACUUCUUUACAAGGUUACGUUAUUCAGGAUAUUCUUUUAGAUCUGAGAAGAUGCUGUUAUGGUAUUUUAUGUUCAUCUACAGCCUCUAUUAAGGAGAUAGGACGAUCAAGUGACAAUUUCAAGUCAACAAUCUAUUGUUAUCCAAUAGCUCUACCGCAUUAUUUAAAACUUGAAAAUGUUUUUAAACUGAAUCACAACGUUCAUGAUAACGGAGCUUGGUUAAAUUAUACCAGAGAUUUUGUCAUAACCUUCCUUUCGUACGCUGGGAAAAAAAAUCAUCAAUUACGUCACAUGAACAUAACUUUGCUAAAACUAUAUUUUUAUGUUUUAUGUGCAUUACAGUGGUGUUACGAGAAAGAUAAAAAAAAACAUGAUUGUUUCUUAAAACAUGAAAUUCAUAGUCUUAUUGCAUCAAUAAUUGUAACAGCAGGAGAAAGCUAUGAGUGCAAUAAUGAAUGGGUUCCAGAGCUUUCUGAUGCUCGUGACUGUGUGAAGAAGGUAUAUCAUAAACUUUUCAAAAACCAAUUUAUUUAUCCGGUUCAAGAUCCAGGGCAACAAUGUUUCACAACUUUAACACAAGGAAACCCCAAUGUCCAUCGUAUAGCUUUGUACGGUUUGAUUCCAGGUUUUCGUAGUACUUUUCUGUUUGGGUUUUUUCAAAUCGUUUGGGAAUAUUUAGUAGAUGUUUCAAAUAUGUAUCAGUGCAUGACUCGAAAAAAUUCUGAUAAAUUAAACAUUCCACCAUCGUUACUUUUUAAUGGUACAAUAUUUCGUUGGAUGUACGCUGCUGGUGCAUUGCAAUGGAAAGAUCGUAAAACUUCUAGUAACGUGCAAAUGUGUUUAAUGUUGAAAUCGCCCCCUAUACACAUUCACUCAACGUGCCAAACACAAAUCAAAUGGAUUCAGUUGUUUCGUUCACAAUUGUUAAAAACAUCGUUGGCAAAAAGUUUAAUGCCUUCCGAUUGCAUGUAUGAGUAACAAUAAAAUCUUUGAUAAUUCAAAAAAAUCGUCAUGAAAGAAGUAAUAUUCAUUUCAUCAAAUCGCUUUCUUCUUUAUGAUAUUCUCA